AUGACUUUUAAGAUAUUUUUUCUGCUUUAUUGCGUUAUUGUAUUGGCAAAUUUAAUUUCGUCUACGCCAAUUUGGGAUCAAAAUGUCCGUGCAUAUGAACCAAAAACAAAUGUUUUUGAUCUUACUAUAAAAAAAGUUGGUUUGGCUCCAGACGGGUUUUCUCGUAUUUUGUCAACUAUUAAUGGUCAGUAUCCUGGUCCAACUAUAGAAGUCAACAAAGGAGAUCGUGUUAUAAUAAAUGUUCAUAAUGAAUUAGGUGAACCAACAGCUAUUCAUUCACAUGGGAUAUUUCAAAGAGGUACUCCUUGGUUUGACGGUGCAAUAGGACAGACUCAAUGUGGAAUACCGGACAAUUAUAUAUUUACCUACGAUUACACUGUUUCUGACCAAUUUGGCACUUAUUGGUACCAUUCGCACGCAACGACACAAUAUGUUGAUGGAAUUGUUGGCGCUUUAAUUAUUCACGAUCCUGAUGAUCCUUAUAUAACUGAAUAUGAUGAGGAAAUUAUCGUCAUGUUAACUGAUUAUCAUCAUGUUGAAUCGCAAAUUUUAUUGGAAUCUUUCUUUACUCCUGCAAGUGAGGGCGAGGAGGUAUUUCCUGAUAAUGGAUUGAUUAACGGAAAAAAUAACUUCAAUUGCUCUCAAGCCCCACCAGGAUCUACUUGUGUAGAUAAUGCUGGCCUUGCUAAAUUUGUAUUUAUUCCUAAAAAAAGUUAUCGACUUCGAAUCAUUAAUACUAGUGCAUUUUCGUCGUUUUUUUUUUCAAUUGACAAACAUGAAAUGGAGGUCAUAGAAGUAGAAGGUUCUUAUACUAAAAGGAAUAAAAUCCAUCGUCUUCCCAUAAAUGUUGCACAAAGAUAUUCCGUCAUCGUUACCGCAAAUCAACCUGUUGAUAACUACGUAAUGCGUUCAGAAUUCCAAAAGACAUGCAUGCCAGAUGAAGCAAGUAAACUUCCUGUCAUAACAGCUAUAGUACAUUAUGAUGGAGCUCCUGAAGAUUCUGCACCAAAAGAUGCACCAUGGAAAGAUUUCUUGGAAGAAUGCAUAGAUCUAGAUCACAAAACCUUACAGCCGUUAUAUGAAGAAAAAGUUCCCGAAGCAACAAAAGAAAUGGAACUUGUAAUUGCUUUCCAUAAUGAUUCAUUAGGAAUUGUUAAAGCUUUUCUUAAUGAAUCUACUUAUGUACCCAAUAUAUAUUCUCCGAGUUUGCUUAAAGCGUUUGCAGGACAAAUAUAUGACCUCCCUCCUGCUCGAAAUGCAUUUAUUUUUGAUAAUUUUGGAGAAGUAGUUGAUAUUUCUUUUAUUAAUACUGACGAGGGCGAACACCCAUUUCACAUACAUGGACAUCAAUUUUGGGUACUUGGAACUGGCAAUGGAACUAUAGUCGAUAAAGAUGCGUUGAAUAAAGUUAAUCCAAUUAAACGUGACACUUCGACAAUACCUGCAAAAGGAUGGAUGGUCUUUAGAUUUGUUGCGGAUAAUCCUGGAGUUUUCGGAAUACACUGUCAUAUGAUAUGCUAUCGUUCAAUUUCUUUACUUUCUAUAUUUAUUUUUCUUAUAAAUUUUUAA